AUGUAUGGAUCCUCUGCCGAAUUCCCUGUUGCUGGGCCUCUAUUUGGCAAAGAAAACUGCAGGGGGCUGGCCGAUAAGAGCUUCGAAAAACGUAAGGCUGCAGCUCAUGCGCUACAGCACGUUAUCAAGCAGCAAGUCUCUACUGCUGUUGCUACCGCCAAUAAUGAGGAAGCGUGUGCCCCAGCAGACGCUCUCACAGGCGACUCCGAACAGAACGAAACAGCCACUCCUUCCCACCGGCAGCGACAGCAACAGAGACUGCAAGAGAAGCAUCGGGAAGCAACCCAGUCAAUCGUACAGCAGGCGACUUCCGCCCUCACAGCUGAUUUCUUGUCGAGCCCCAUAGCCAACAUACGCAAAGGGGGUCUCUUGGGUGUUGCUGCAGUGGGCCUAGCUUUUGAGUCAGGAGGGUUGGACUGUUGCUUACAGCUGCUGCUAAGGCCUCUGCUGAAGUCAUUUGGGGAUCCCGAUCCUCGCGUCAGAUAUUACGCCUGCGAGAGCCUUUUCAACGUCCUUAAAGCCGCAAGAGGUCUCUGCCUUCAGUUCCUACCAGAGCUCUUCGACGGGUUGUGUAAGUUGUGUGGUGACGUAGACCGAGAAGUGCGGCAAGGGGUUGGUUUUGUCGACAGCCUGUUGAAGGAAGAGACAGCAGCAGCAGCAGCAGCAGCAGCAGAGGCAGCAGCAGCACCAUCGCUGGCGGAGCCAGAGGCACUAAAAGGACGAACAAAAGCAGUAGAAGCGCCGGACGGGCCCAUAACUCCCGCUUUCGUUCACCUGCUCGUUGAGCGUCUGCUGGUUCGCAACCCUUAUAUCAAGCUUCUAGCGCUAUCGUGGAUUUCCUUGCUUGAAUCACACACAGGAGUCGAUAUGCUUCAGUAUCUGCCGUUAUUUUUGGGGGGAUUGCUGCAGCUCCUUGGUGACUCUCAUCGCGAUAUUCGCCAAGCUGCAGACUUAUGCGUUACGAACUUUUUAGAAGAUCUUCGGUCGGUCCCUGUCGAAACUGAUCCAGCCGUCGUGAAACAAACUGCUGAAGUGGUGCUGCAGUGCAGCGACAGCAGCAACAGUUCUUUUACACAGCUCACGUCGCUUGUCUGGUUGCAUGAGCUGCUCCUGUUAUUGCUGCCGGAUGAGGGGCAGCAACAGCAGCAGCAACAGCAGCAUGAUCUUGCUCUACCGGAGACUCCUAUCAUACGCUGGCACCUGGAGGUGCAGAAACAGCUCAAGCCUCUGGGCUGCAGGAUGCUGCAAAGCAUAUUGCGCUGCGCCGCCGAUCAAGAAGAAGAGAUCGCACGCUUGGGGACAGAGGUGCACGCGCACGUCAUAGCCCGGGUUUUGGUGUCGACUGCUGCGCUUGACUUGUCGGACUUCGUAAGCAGCGCAGCACGGUAUCUUCGUACGUACACGCCACCAGGGUCUAUGGGAAGUGCAGCGCCCACAGACAGUGCAAGCACUACUGCUGCUGGCCAAGGGGGCGAUGUGCGCUCGCUCUGCCUCCAGUGGAUGGAGUUAAUGCUAGUUGAGAAGCCACACUUAUUGCUCGUGGGUAGUCCACAGGAAGAGCAGCAGAAGAUUGGCCAGACACAACAAAGGCACGAAACGGCUUUAGGUGAAGGCCUUUUGCAGACGCAACAACACGAGGAAGGCUGCAAUGAGGAAGAUGCAGAGAGUUUUCUGUUGCAGAAGCAGCAGCCUCUAGUAGCCGCAGUGCUGUACACUUCGUUGACUACUGAAGGUACAGCAGGUGUGGCCGCUGCGGCUGCAGCAGAAGAAGGACCAACAACUGCAGUGCAAGUGCAGGAAGCUUCAGGCCGGCAAGAGUCAACAACGACCCCAACGGCAGGUUCCGCUCCCUCCCGAGCAGCAGCGACAGGAGCAAGGGCAGCGGCAACAGUGGCAAAUCAUCUUUUGCGGAUGUCGUUGUCCAUCCUCAGUCGUUUUGUCCAACAAAGCGACACAAACCUUAAAAUUGUAGCGGAAGAGCUACUGGCCCUUUUCAAAUCAAAUCGCAGCCUCCUUGACAGCCGGGGGCACUUCGUCUUGCGGCAGUUGUGCACCAUGAGGAAUCCAUGCGAGGUGUAUAUCCAUUUGUCGAGACAAAUCGAACGACUUUAUGAAACAGCGAGACCAGGACAAAAUAAGGCAGCAAGAAAGGAAGCAUCUGGAGAAGGCUGUGCAGCGCAGAACCAUGCGAUGAAGGUAACAGGAAGCAGUGAGGAGGCAGAUGGUGUGCAGGCUGAAUUGUCGGACGACUUUCUUGAGCAGUCAGUACAAUUUUCGCAGCAGAUAGUCCAAGCCCUCAGCAUCGACCUGUUGAGUGCUAAGGAAAUGGAAGCCGCCCGGCAGGAAUUACGGAAAGAUGACAAUAGGAUGUUUGAAGCUCUGUUGCCAACGUGGGCGCACAAUUCGAUUUGGUUGAUAGCACUGUCAUUAUAUUCGGGCAAGUUUCAAGUUGCUGAAAGCCUUGUCGUGAUGCUAGAGGCCGAGAAUGGUUUAGACAAACAGGCUGAGGCCCUGGUCUCCCGCGCAUUAUCUCUUGCCAAAGCGGCAAGGGACUAUAUCCAUGGAGAAGUAUUCACUAUGACUGCGUCGGAAACGGACCAUACGGAGAGUCAUGAUCCAAAGGAAUUAGCCAACUUGACGAAGAUGCGGCAACAAUCAAGUACAAAUCUCCAGAAGGCUACUUCAGCGCAGUCUCUUGAAGCAGCUCUUGAUGAGGCCCUCACUGAACAUGGCAGCGCCCUCAGAGCAUUCCCCUCCAUCGACAGUGACACGUGA